GAAAUAACGAGAGGUGAGGAAGCGUUACGCACGUCGUUUUCUGUUUUUCUUUUUCUUUUGGUCUCUCUUCUGGAACACAGAGGCAGCAUUCAACAGUAAAUGGUCGUUGACGCUGCCGCCGUCUUUCUUCGGUCCUCACAGUAUCUACACUCUUCACUUUUAGCAGGCGCACUACGUGUACUUCGCCUUCGAUUUCACUACACGGUGACUGUCGUCUCUCGCCGACCCGUCAAACGCACUGCGCCACCGUCGUUGACCUCCGCGCCUUUUCUCUCCCUUCGAAAUCAGCGCCUCCCGCCACCAUUUUUACCAACAGACGUGGGCAUUCCGCACGGCAGCAGCACCAGCAGCACCAGCAGCAGCGGCAGCGCAGCGCGCUUUGGGGGUUUUCGACCUACGCAGGUUUUAUUAGCAAGGCGACGUGCACCUUCGCGUGACACACGACCAAAAUCGAGGGAAGCCUCUCCAAGGCAACUUGCCUCUACAAACAAAUCCGCAACGUCGGAGAUUUGCGAGGAUCUCAACUUCUGUCGUUGCAUUUUGCAAGCUGCAGAAGCGACGCCGUCAUCGUCGUGCAUCACAGCAGAAGCACCACGCGCGUUGGACACGGAAGGCACCUCCUCGUCGGCGUCGCUGAUGAAGGCUUCUUUCUAUGCCGUGGCGAUAGGCAAGCAGCGAGGCAUCUACUCGACCUGGGACCAAUGCUCCGAGCAGGUAAAGGGGUUCAGUGGAGCUAUAUACAAAAGCUUUCGCACCUUGGCAGAAGCGCGAGCUUUUCUCGACGCACACCCAGCACCCAGCAGCUCCCACGAUGAUAGCGGAGGCGAGGCUUCCGCCUCCGUUAUCGAAACGCCGCGCUCUGAACCGCCGGUGAAGCCGCAACGUUUGCGUGGUGUCUGCGAGGAAGCCGCUGCCUCUCCGCCAUCGACGCGACGCGCAAGAAUCGAGACGGCAAUGCCGCGUUCCACGUACGAGGGAGACAGUCCUUUAUCUUCCUCCCAUCACCAGGUCGUCUACGUGGACGGGGCGUGCAGUCACAACGGGACCCCCCGCGCACGUGCCGGCUACGGCGGCUACUUUGGCAGCUCCCACGACGCCCGCAACUUCGCCCUCCCCGUGCCCGCCACCGAGGCGCAGACGAACAACCGGGGUGAGAUGCGGGCGGUGAUCCACUGCAUCGUGCAGGGCUUCGUCGAUGCCGGCGCGCCAAAAGAGGCGCUGGACGUCUCCCACUGUGUCACGCCGGACUGGCGCGUGUCGGAGCUGGCGCGGCCGCUGCGUCGCCUCGUUAUCCACACGGACAGCCGCUACGUCAUUGAUGGACUGACGCGCUACUCCGUAAAGUGGAUGGCGAACGGCUUCAAGCUCGCCACGAAGGAGCCGGUGCUGAAUCAGGACCUGUGGAAGCAGCUGAUUCGGUUACGAGAUGCCUACAACACCUGCUACGCACAGCAGCAACACGCGAUCGAGUCGAGCCACCCGUACGCCUUCACACGCGAGUCGCUGACCUCCCCCCCGAAGAGGUUCCACACGCACAACACCUGCAACGACGAAACGGAAGGGAUUGAGCUGCGCCACGUGAAGGGACACUCGAAGGACUACGGAAACGAGAUGGCGGACAUGCUGGCGGUGAGGGGGUCACGAAUGCACGACAGCUGGAGGUAA